CGAUAUCAUCCUGCUGUAUACCGAUCCAACGACCCCCUCAUCGAUUGUUGCGUCCGGAUCUUGAUUGCAGUUUUGGCGUAUUCCGUUGCGUCUCGAGCUCUUGUUCCCCACAUUCCGUCACAUUCCUGACAGUCUCCGUGAGUCUCAUACACUCAUAUACUCAUAUAUAUAUAUAUACAUAUCUACAUUCAUUCCGUUGACAUGCGGUGGACGUGUGCGUUUCUCUGGUGCGUCGUGGUGCCUACGCUGCACGCCUGGGUUCCGUCGACUACGAAUCCCGCGUCCCGAAUCGGGACGCGUCGGUGGGAGGCACUCGGGGAUCGGGAAUUGGAGGAACCCCGGAUGAAUCCGGACCGCCCGGAACUCCCCGAACUCAAGGGUGACUUUGACUGGGACGAACGCUUCGGUGGCGACGACAAUUGGAUCGUCGAAAACGUGCCGGGAAAAAUCGUGCUCAACGAAAUUGAACUCGCGACGCAAGUUACGGCGCUCAAUAAAUUGGAAGAAACCUGGCGGAAGGAACGGGAGUGGGAGGAAUACCAAGAUUCCCUCAAGACCGGAUUCGUUUCCAAGGCCGAACUCGCCAACGGACGAUUCGCCAUGUUCUUCCUCGUUACCGGAUUGUUGACCGAGUACUGGACGGGGGUGACGAUACCGGGACAAGUGGAAGAAUUGCUUCGGAUUGCGGGCGUGAUUGGAUUUGAUGGAUAAACGCUCCUACACGCGUGUUGGGAUCCCUCGUACGGUCCCGACUGCGAAACCAGCAAACUUGGAUUCGUAAUACUAUGCCAUGCUACUAAUUCAAAAUAGUUACCCCU